CUUCGACUUUAGGUUGUUGUCAAAAUAAAAUUUGUUGUCAUCAAAAAUUCGAAUAAAUUGUUCUUAAAAAAAUAAAACAACACACUUCUGAAUUUGCGUGUUUUGGAAUGUUGUAAAAAUAGUUAUUUUAUUUGUUUUGCUAUCAAUCCAAAAGCUAUCAAAAAAAUCAUACAAAUGUCAUCAUCACCCAUACAAACUAUUCUAAAAAUUGAAGAUCUAACUUCUGAAGACGAGGCAAGCAAACUGGCCAAAGAAGUUUUAUCAGAAUCUGAAAUAUGUUCAAUUGAUUUUGAUGAUGAUGAACAAAUGCAAAUGAUAACAAUGGACAGAACUGAUUCUCCACCUACAACAUCAUUUCACAAGCAAGAAAGUACUCAAAACAAAACAUUUACAGAGGUGCUUCAAUCAUCUGAGAAUCGGGACCUUAAAUACUGUGUGAAAACCAAACCCGUUCAAUUUGAAGCAAUGGCAAAUUUUAUGAUGGCCCAUCCAGAUUUUGCAGAUGGAACUUUAAAAUUUCCCGAUUCGAGAGUAAAAAUCAAUGAUUUGUGGAACGAAUUAUCUGAUAUCCUAAAUAAAAAUGGGCCACCCACACGAGGUGGAGAGGGAUGGCGAAAAGUGUGGUAUGAUUACAAAACUCACAUAAGAAAAAAAUUACGAAAAAACAAAACUUACUAUCUACAACCUCGUGGACUUCCAAAGAAAUUUUACCCCUUGUCACGACUAGAAAGAAGAGUUGCCAAUUUUAUGGGGUAUAUUCCAAAAGAGACUAAUGGCGCUGUCACGUCAACAUUACCCUCAACAUUACCUUCCAGUAUGGUUGAAAUUCCUUCGACUGAUAAUUCAAGCACUGUUGAUGAAACAACAAAGCCAAUUCCUUCGACUGUUAAUUCAAGCACUGUUGAUGAAACAACAAAAGCUUCCGUGUUGCGGUCACCUGAACCAACUGCAUCGCAUGAUGUAGAUGAGCCCAAUACACCACCGAGCAGAUAUUCGCCUCCUCUAAGUAAAAAAUAUAAAAAGACAUUACUUCAAACUCAAGUGGACACUCAGAGAGAGUAUACGAAAGACUCGAAAAAAAUUAUGUUAGAGAUUAACGAUAAUUUAAAAGGAUUAUUAAAAUAUUCCAUAAAAAGCUAUGAACUGGAACAGAGAAAAUUUGAACUUGAAAAAGAGAAGUUUUUAUUUAAACAGAAAACUGAAGCUCAAAAGCAUCAAACUGAAAUGGAAAAAUUACAAGUACAAAAAGAUCUUCUACGUUUAAAACAAGAAACGGCUGGGCUGGUAUAAUUAACUGAAGCUCGACUAAAUUGUU